AUGAAAUUUUGCCUGUUGUUGACCCUGUUCUUCUUCACAUGCAAAACGGUGAAAUGUCAAAGCGGAGAUGCUGAGGGAAAUUGCAGUCGGGUAGUUAACAUAUUCCCUGCUAAACUCAAAGAAUUAAGGGCUACCUUUCAGAAGAUCAAAAAUUUCUUUCAAAUGAAGGAUAACGCCCUGGAAAUUGUCUUACUUCAAGAUGAUUUGCUACAGGAAUUCAAGGGCAACUUGGGAUGUCAGUCUGUGUCUGAAACAAUUCGAUUCUACUUGGAAGAAGUUUUACCACAAGCCAAUCAUUACAAAAUGAAUGUCAGCUUCCUCAAGGACAAGUUGUUGGAUCUGAAGCACACCCUGCGACGUUGUCAUAACUUCCUGCCAUGUGAGAGAAAGAGCAAGGCUAUCAAGCAAAUUAAACAAACAUAUAAUAAGAUGCAUGAGCAAGGUAUCUACAAGGCAAUGGGAGAAUUCGAUAUUUUGAUUGACUACAUAGAAGACUAUCUAAUGUCCAGGAAGAAGUAG